GUCGGGCUGCGUCGCGUGAAUAAUACAUAAGUGAGCAUUCGAGAUGCGAAGGUCUGCCAGGAGCAUCCGACCUGCCGUCUCUUCACUCGACUUCCCAGCGCUAUCACCACCCUCGAGUGUCGUCCUCGUUGUGUCCACUGGGCCCACCAGCUUGCACUACAAGCAGUGCAUUCUUCCGAAGAAAUUUUCUCGAUCUCGACGAUCGUCCAAGGAUCGUCCAGUCUGGCCUACGAGUCCCGUGAUAUCCGGUCCGCGAGAGUGAUCUGAGAUCGAGGUUUAAAGGUCGGUCAAAGGCAGAAACGCUGCUUCCUCCUGCGACCGCACCGCCCCGAAUCCUCCCUCUCGCUAGCCCUUUCUCGACGGCCAGUAUCGACCGUGUAGCCAGGAUGAUAUUUCUACAAGCCAACAACGACCCUAAUGUUGUUGCGGAGCGGUUCCUGGACGGACUCCAGCGUGGACAAUACCAGUUAGGGCUCGACAAACUCAAAGAGUUAGAUGCGACGGUCACCAUGGUCUUGGCAUUCGUGAGAAACAGGAUGAACAACCACGCGUCGAUAAACGCCCUGCCUCCAGAGCUCCUCGCGUUGAUCUUCCAGUACAACCUCCCUCCGCCGGAUGCAUACCUCCAGUUCGACGCCAAGGGCACCCGGGUGCAAGUAUGGAACGAAGUCAAGAGUAGGAUCACUUUAACACACGUCUGUCGCCGAUGGAGAGCGGUCGCUCUGGACCUAGGCUGCCUCUGGAACCUGAUUGACGAGGGUUCGAGCGAGGCGACGUCCGCAUUUCUCGCCCGAGCGAAUACUGCGCCGCUGCAGGCCCACAUUACGUACGCCGCCAACCGACUCGUAGGCGUGGAUCUCAUCCCGCAGAGCAAGAACAUACGUAAUCUCUUCUUGACCAUCUCACAAAACGACCGCUCGACCAUCCCCUCAGGUAACCCCGAGUUCGUCUUCAACGCCCCCAAUGUCGAGUGUCUCUCGCUCACUACCAAAUGCUCGCCCUACGACGACCGACGUCCCUUGAUCGACCUCCAUUCCCCCUGCGAGCUCUUUUCCCAAGGCCUCCCUCGUCUCCGCAGGCUCAUGCUCCGCAAUAUGUGCUGGAUCCCCGCGGCGCCAUACGAGCAGCUCACGCACCUCUUCAUCACCGAGGGCACCUCGAUCCCGCUCGUCGCCCUCCUCGGCUUCCUAGGCCGCUGCUCCGCGCUCGAGACGCUCGUCCUCGUCGACGUCUACAUCGCGAGCUCGUCCGCGGUCCCGCACGACCACCGCGUCGCGCUCCCGCGGCUCAACCGACUCACGCUCGGGAUCGGCGGCGCGCUGCUCUCGAUGCGGCGCGUGCUGCAGUACGUCGUGCUGCCGCCGACGGCGACGCUGCGCGUGAUGGGGAGCAAGGCGUUCCACGCGCUCUCGCACCUCCAGCCGUUCCCCGAGCUCGCGUUCACGAAGGGGCUCGACAGGCUGUCCGUCGACUUCGCCCCGCAUGCGCACGCCGACGCUGGCGGCCGCACCGGGAAUGCUGGGACUGGGGGCGUGGUGAUCCGGGCGUCCGGCUCGCCGUCCGAGGGCGGGGCUGGCCCUGGGUUGCUGCUCGACUUCCCGACCUACCGCGGGACUGCGCAGGAGGCCGAGUCGCUGGAGCAGCUCAUGCGGUCGCUGAUCCCAUUCGAGCGGCUUGUCGAGGUCCGCUAUAGGGUGUGCAGAGGCCAGAAGCCGCUGCACCUCCUUGGGGAGGGGUGUAUGCCUGCCCUGAGGGUGUUCCGUCUCGUCGAUGUAACGCAGGCAGGCUCGGCCGAGGAGGAAGAGGCGGCGCGCAAGGCGUUGGUCGAUGGCGUCGCCCAGUGCCUCAGAGGCUGCUCGGGGCUGGAGCAGCUGGAGAUCUGGAACAGGUUGGCGGCCCACUUGCAAGAAGGCGUUGGCGAUGGCUGGCAGUGCCAGCAGCCGACGCUGCUUGGGGAGGCGUUCUUGAGGGAACACCGGACGGACGUUCGUGUGCGUGCGGAGACAUGCGCGCCGUCGAUGAAGAUCGCGGGUACGGAAGUCGACUGGGUGGAGCGUCCGUAUGAGUGGUAGGUGGUCAUGCCACCUGUAGCUAGUAGAUGCGGUAGUAGAUGAGGCGGGGUAUCUGCUCCAUCGGGCGUCUAUCCGACGAUGGAGGUUAAUUCUGUGCCACAGCUGUUCUAUCGGGCAGAUGGUCAACGUUCUGUUGUAAGACUUUGGAGUGGCUUGAACCACCUGGACGUCGGAACAUGGCGCAUAGUAAUCUAGGUGGACGAUGUGGUCCGUGUGUACCAGAUGUCCAUUGAUACUUCGAAUGUCGUUAGUGCUGGCAUCCCACAUGUGCGCGGCUGAGGAAGCUGUGGCUGCCGUAAUACUAUUGCCAUGAGUCUGCCUCGUAACCACUUGACACCGGUUCCAAUCGUUUCUGCGACGUUCUGGAUGUGAUACGAACGGGUCAUGCAAUGACGAAGCCGAAAACACGAAAGAGAAGGAUGCAAGGCCCGCGUAGGGACGCCCCGGGUUGGAACGUUGAAGCCGUCGAGAGGAGGCGGUGUUGCCGAGUCGCAAGAUUCACGAAACUGUCCGGCGGGGGUGAAUUGUGGCGGCGAGAUC